ACAUCUUCUGUCUUUUGACGGGGAGAAGAGGGAGCGCGAAGACGCUUGAACUACAACUCCCUGCAGGCCUGGAGAGAAGUGAGCCAACCUCGGAGGACAUCUUUGCCCCCUUGCCUCAUGGGAGUUGUAGUUUCCCCAUGCCUUAGCGCCCUCUGCAACAUUAGAUCCUCCGUUCUCAACAAGAAGGUCUGGUGAGUUUCAAGAUAGGCCAUUGAAGCAAUUCAGGGAGGUAUGAAUGUGAGCAGUUGAGAAAGCAUCUUCAGGAUCCCAGGCAGAAUGUCUCGGGAGAACCAUACCUGGAAAAAAGAGGGCCUUGGCGAUGAGCUCGCCAUCAUGAGGAUGCAGAAACUGGAGCAGCAGUGGCGAAUAAUUGAGAAGAAGCAACGACGGAAGCACCAAGAACACCUCAUGGUUCAGGCCAACCCGGACGCCUUUCUGCAGCACUGGCCACCGAGAAGUCAGGAUAAGCAUCGCAUCCCCAGUGAAAACGGCCCCGGGAGGAACUCCUUGCUUCAGGAAAAUGUUACAGAGGCACCUUUGAGCUCUGGAGACCAGAGUGCCCUAGGCACCAGCACUAUGAGUUGCGGUGGAGACAGCAGUGGAAAGGAGAACCUGGUGUUCCUGACAGAAACAGACAGUUCAGAUCUGGAAGAAGACUACUUGGAAACCUUGCUCCCCCCUCCGACUCCCCCUCCUCCGUUAAAAGAGCCUCUGAGAAUCAGACGCAGGGGUUGGUUUGCCUGCCAAGAACCUGAGGACCCCUCACCUGGAGGAGAGACCCCCGGGAACAGCGAGGGAGAGGCGAAUCUGGCAGGGGCCAAUGCUGUGGACGAUAAAUCCCAAGAUGGUGAAAAUGAGUACCUGUUGUCCACUCUCGGGCUACUGGAGCUGAAUAGCGACCGGCAACUUGAAGGUUUUGCUUCCUACAAGGGAGAAGACUUGGACGUUAAGGAUGUGGAGGCCGCGCAGCCGGACCUCCUAGGCGAAAUGCAGGAGAUGGCCCAGGUCCCAGCAGACAAGGAUGGCAGCAGAGACAGGGGCGCGAACCUGCCCCUCCUGGCCCCCGGACCUCGGCUGGGCGAACAUCUGGAGGCCUACAUGCUGCGGCCGGUGAUGCGGGGCCACACGGUUCAAUGCCGCAUCAGCCAGAACAAGAGCAGUGUUGACAAGGGAAUGUUUCCCUUCUACUAUCUCUACCUGGAGGCAGACAACGGCAGGAAGCACUUCCUUUUAGCGGGGCGGAAGAGGAGGAGGAGCAGAACUUCGAAUUACCUCAUCUCGAUGGACCCCGUGGACCUGUCUCGUGGUGGGCCCAAUUUUGUGGGCAAAGUCAGAUCCAAUAUCUUGGGCACUAAAUUUAUCAUCUUCAACAAAGGCAUCAACCCUGACCGGAAGAGUUUCGUCCAGGAUACUGCCCCGAUCAGGGAGGAGCUGGGGGCCGUGUGUUACGAGACCAACGUCUUGGGGUUCCGGGGACCCAGGAAAAUGACUGUGAUCAUCCCAGGACUUGACACUGAGAACCAGAGAAUGACGGUCCAGCCACGAAAUGUGAGUCCCUCAAUCUCUGAUCCAGGUCAGAGGUGGGCAUUCGGUUGCAGGUCACAUGUCAAUCUCGAUUCAGACUCAACUCGACCCUGGAGAGGGCAGAGUAGAAUUGCUUCAUAA